AUGGAGGAAUCUACCAUAUUUGGAGAGCCGUUGCUGGAGCCCGCUGAGACGCAAUUUGCUCGUGUUCUUGAAAACUACAAAUUGGGCAAUGCAUCGGAGGACCCAUUUUCUGUUGUGAAAAGCUUCACUUCCAUCUCUGCUAAGAUUGCCCUAGCGUUGAACCAGAAGGGAUCAGAAGAAUUUGAAAAUUGGGAUCUCGAGACAAAGCUAUGGCAUUUGUUUGAAUUGCUUUACUCCUUCAGGCUUUCUGAAACGGAGGGCCAUGAAGUUCCCGCCUAUGCAUCAAUGAAGGUCCAGAGAGACGCUCAUUUGCUGAAGAAUCCAAAGCUCAAGGAGAUGCUUUUAAUCAUACAGUGGCUUCAAUACAACUCGCCUGGGUGUCAAUUCCCACCGCUUACGGAUGCACAGAAACUGAAGUGGCUACAGACCACAAUUAAGGCUAAAACCAAGUCCUUGUCAGCGAUGACCAAUCCCACAGAUACUUCCCUGCUUGUAUCGACGAUAGAUUCUGAUGCUCCAUUGCGUGAAAGCAAGAUUAUUGUCAAGGAGGAUGCAGAUGCUGAUCUGAUUGUCUUCUCUCAAAUAUAUCAAAUUCUUCUUACUGGAGAUUACCAAGGUGCUAUUGACCUAUGCAACGAAACGGGCAACUACACCUUAGCGCUUAUACUUUUAGGCGCUAUCCAGGACUAUCAGGACCCUCAGAUCGAUGGCCAAGUUGACGACAUGGACGUCGACUCUUCAGAGCCAUCGGGUAUCAAGCACAAAUACUUAUGGCAUCAGACAGUGUACAAGUUGUCACAGGAGAAAGGACUCAAUUAUUACGAACGUCUCAUCUAUACCUUUCUCAGCGGCGGCGAUCUUUCAGAAAAUAUAAAGUUUGCUGACAACAAUUGGGAACAGAGCCUUCUUGUCUAUCUCCAUCAAUUGCUCACCUACCACGUUAGAGUGUUUGUCCAAAAGAACAUUCCCGAAGAUGAGAAGCUAGGCUCUGUGCUGUUGCCAUCUCCCCAGUUUGAGUCUGUCGACGGAAUUCUCAACACACUUGUGCAAAAGGGAGACGAGAGCAAAAAUCCAUUCCGUGUCAUCAUGGGAAGUGUCAUGAUUGAUCAACUUAACAUCUUCUUGCACAAUGCCUUCAAAGCCGACCAAGCAGAGAUUGCUCUGGACUACCAAAUUCUACGAAUCUUGACUCACUUGGCUGUUCUUACAGUUAUGCUCAACCUUCACGAUGGUUCCAAGACCCCAACUCGUAUAAUCACUCGCUAUAUCACCAGACUAUCCGAUCUUGGAUUGGAAGACCUUGUUCCCGUAUACAUGACAUUUAUACCGGAUGAGAAGGAUGUUCGUGAAUGCUACUCCAUCUUUUUGGCAACAAUAACUGACCCAGAGAAAAGGGCCAGGCAGCUUAGCAUAUUAAACAAAUUUGAGAUCAACCAACCCAAUGGAGAGGAAACCCCUGCAAGUUCAGCUACUGAGGAUAUUCCAGAUACCGACAAUAAGGUGUAUAAUGUUUUGAAGAGGACUGUCGAGAGAGUCAUGUUGGAGACUGAGGAACACUACGUUCAAGAAGGUAACGUGGUUGUGUCAGAUGGAAUCAUUGAUCCCGUCGAUGUGAAAUUAUACAGAUCAGUUGACUGGCUUUUCGACAAGAGCAUGUACGAAGAUGCGAUAUCCGCCACCAAGGUUCUUAUGCGCCGAUUCCUUCUUACAGGAAGAAUCAACUCUGUUCAGGCCUUCAGCAAAAACAAAAACUUCAAGUCCCUCUUAAAGGAUUAUGACUUCCAAAUUCAAACAAAAUCUCUUGAUGGCAACAGUCCUCCUGCAACAAUAUCUGAAGAAGACAGAGUCGAGCUUCUACAAUACCAGGAGCUCGUCGAAACUCUAAAUCUUCUCGAUCAAUGGAGAAGCUUCGUUGGUACCGAUGCCAAUGCCAGUCAAUUUUCUGAUGGAUUCUGGAAAUCCAAGGAUUUGGAGAAGCUGAUUGAAAAGACAAUCCAUAAUCUACAAAAGCUUACCAGCACUUGGUUUAAAGAUGUGUCAGACGAUUGCACCGACGAGGAGCUGGUCAAGAUUUACAAGGAGUACAGAAGUAUCUAUAUUCCAUAUUUCAUCAUUGAGCUUCUACAAGUACUUCAGCAAUCCAGACGCACCGAUUGGAAGUACAUGCGUGAAGCCUUCCAGUUGAUAAAUGAGGUGGCUGACGAUAAAGCCAAUGAUUUCUUACAGUGUUUCAUUGCCUGUGGCAGGUUGGACGAGUUUGUUGGCUUGGCUGGUGAAUUAUCCAUUGUCGCCAGUGAAAGAGGAGUCAGAGGCAUCUUUGCGUGA